AUCACUUGCUUUUAGGUGGAGCAGCAUACUAUGCAAAGCCAUAGUUCUCUGACAAGCUAUAUAACUGUAGGAUUAUGAAAUCAACGAAAUAGACAACACGUUUCAUCUGCCAGGCUACCAGCUGUUUAGAGCGGAUCACACCGUGGAGUUAACAGGGAAAACGAGAGGUGGUGGACUAUGUUUUUACAUAAAUGAAGGGAAUGUAUGGAACUGAAUGCGACCCGGCCCGAUGCAGUGGUUCCUCCCGUAGAGAUCACUCUCUAUUAUGAGAGCCUGUGUCCAGGCUGCAGAGCGCUCCUUACAGAACAACUCUUCCCAACCUGGAUUUUACUAAAAGAUAUAAUGAAUGUCAACCUGGUGCCCUUUGGCAAUGCUAAGGAGCUUCCCGAAGAUAAUAUAUUCUCGUGUCAACAUGGAGAACCAGAGUGCUACAUUAACAUUGUUGAGGCAUGUGUUUUAUAUGCAGCCAAUAAUGCAGCAUUUCCUGUCAUUUACUGCAUGGAGUCAUCUGCAGAUAUACUAAAAUCUGCUAAGCCUUGUUUGCAGCUCUAUGCGCCAUUUGUUAAAUGGCAGACUAUAGAGUCUUGUACCAGAGGAGAGUUUGGCCACAGAUUAAUGCAUCAAAAUGCAGUAAAGACGCAAGCGCUCAAACCAGCACACACUCAUGUUCCCUGGAUCACCUUCAAUGGGGAAUACACCAAUGAAUGGGAAGAUAAGGCUAUGUCCACUCUCUUCAACAUUGUAUGCAUUUUGUACAAAGGAAUCAAGCCACCAGUCUGUACUGGAGCUCUGAAAAAAUUGGACAGAAGCUUUUGCUAGGUGAAGAGAGAAGUGUUGCACAAAACAUUUGUAAAAGUUAAUGUAAUUUAAAAUGUAGCCUAUAUUAUUUUUGUGUUUGAGGUAAAAUAAAAAGAAUAUAAUUUUAUGUUAACAGUUUAAACUAUGUGUACAGUGGAGAUCAAAAUUAGGGAAUUUAUGAAACCUUGAGUUUGAUUUAUGAAACCUUGGUCCAGUCUCUUCCACAGUU